AUGAACCCUCCUCCCUCCUCUAUGGACAGAUCAUCCGCCCGGGAAGACGAUGCGUCGACCCUAAAUUCGACCCCACGUUCGGAUAUUUUUUCCAGCGACGACCGCUCGACUCCAGCUUCAACCGGUAUGGCUUCCGAUGUCGAUCGCCAUUUACAUGAUGUUGGCGUUGCAGCGCUUGCUGCUGUGUCACAGUACCCACAUGCUGUGAACGAUCACAGUGGUUCCUUUCUUGUGUCGGAGAUUGUCAACGCCGUGACGAGCGCUGGCAGUCCGCCCGACCACCGGCUUUUAGACUCAGUGAGCUCUUUGCUACCGGGUCGAGGUUAUACCAACACGCAAUCUGGAUCUCAAUCACUGGCUGGACCGGUUUUUGCUUUUGGUCACGGGUCACUUUCGGGUGGCGACCUGAAUAUUGAUGGCAUGGUUCAAAGUUCGCUUCAUCGCACCGCCGGUCGGCAGGGGAUCGUGAUUGAAAAGGACAGUGAUAUGUAUUAUCACAAGGAUAUGGCCAUGGAAUUCGAGUCUACGACCAUGCAGCAGCCUUCAUCUCCCUCGUCGGAAUCAGAUGAUGAGUUCGAAGAUUUUAUCCGAUUCUACCCGGAUGAGGAAGAGCAUCACAACUUGCGCAAGCAAUACCCGACACAGCCUGAUGCUGAGAUGGCAGACUUUGAUUUGGAUGACUUCUAUAAGACCAUCAACUACGAGGAUAUUGAUAUUGAUCUACCUCAACCACUCGGGGUUGCUGUUUCCGAUCCUAUGGAGACUCACGCCGCCGAGCAACCUGAACCUGGCCCACAUCCAGCAACCAUCAUACACACUUCAACUUAUGAAAGAAACCUUACCGUUGAUGAAUUCAUCCAACGCUGGAUGGUUCAAACAAAUGUCAUUCCUCGCGGAUUCCACUCCGAGAGUCGAAUUCCACCACAGCUUCGCCCGUUAUCAAAGAUGAUCAGCUGGGAUCCCCCUCGGGAGACUCUCCGCCCCCACGGGUGGAGACGGGAAUUCUAUGAUCUCCAGCAAAUCCCGUGGACAGAAACUCUACGAGUCAAGCGAUCCGAUGCGAGGGCGAUGCGCGACAGCUGGUACACCUCGUACCACAACUUGGAUUACUCGCAUCUCAGUCACGCGAAGCGUCUUCCGCUGAGUGAAACCGCUUUCCGAGAAGGUUCCAUGCACACUUCGCACAAGGCUUCUAUUGAACACUUCCAGCUUCGCAAUCUGAUGUCGGCUCCUGCUUACAACACCGUCCACUUUGCCUCACGCUCAAAGGUGCUCUCGUGGACUCCGUCUACCGGGGAUGCACGCUGUCUCAUUGAUCUUAGUCAACCUGAUCCGGACUCGGGCUUCUUGGGUCCAGUCAAAAUCUCCACCAUGAAGACAGCCCAUGGCCUUACAAUCGCAGGCGGCUUCUGCGGGGAAUACGCCUUACACAGCUCAAGAGGCGGCGCUGGCAUCAAGGGCCUUGUAACCCCCGACUUUAAUGACGGCAUCACAAACCAUGUCGACGUUGUUCCGAGCCGCACUGGUCCUUCCCCAUUGGGCAUUUUCGCCUCCAACGAUAAACACCUCCGCAUUCUUGAUACAGAGACAAACGUCUUCCUGUCCGACCAAGAACUAUCCCAACCGAUAAACUGCACCGCCACAUCCCCUGAUUCCCGUCUUCGUGUAGUCAUCGGUGAUUCACCAGACGCAUGGGUCAUUGAAUCCGAGACUGGUCGACCCGUGCACCCCCUUCGCGGUCAUCGUGACUUUGGUUUCGCCUGCGCUUGGUCCCCAGAUAUGCGCCACAUCGCAACCUCAAACCAAGACAAAACCGUGAUUAUUUGGGACGCGCGCACCUGGCGGCCCCUUGAAACAAUCGACUCCGACGUCGCAGGUUAUCGUUCCCUGCGCUUCUCUCCUGUCGGUGGCGGCCCGCGAACACUACUCUGCACAGAGCCCGCGGACCGUAUCUCCAUCGUCGACGCCCAGCUUUUCCGCUCGCGCCAGGUCCAUGACUUCUUUGGUGAAGUCGGCGGAGCUGAUUAUUCCCCUUGUGGUAGCGACAUCUGGGUCGCUAACACUGAUCGACAUUUUGGUGGCUUCAUGCAAUAUCAGCGUCGGCAGUGGGGCCAGCGCGUUGGACUGACGGACCUUCCGAAUGAGUGGUCCUUGGAGGAUGAUCUGGAGGAUGAUUCCAGGUGCCUCCUGAGUGCGAAGGAGCGACGCUUGCGAUUCCUGAGGAAUUUAUCGGAUGAGGAACAUGAUUCGUUGAUCCUCUAG